UCGCACUCACCGAUUUCCCUCUGUAGAAGCAAAGCAGAAGAGGGCGGUCACUAUUUUAAGGAACAUAUAUUAUAAAUUAACGACCUAUACAAUGUAGUGACGACCUUAUUAUUCUUUGUAAUGACUAAGUGUGUCGAUGAACAGUUGCGUAGUUUCCAACUGGUUGACGCACGAGCGGCCGUGAUCCUAAACAGGACACGCGCUGCACAAAAGGGGGAAGAAAAAAAAUCGUCCGAUUUUGCAUUUUAGCGCAACGUUAUCCGACAACUCCUGAGAUUUUUUUUUGUCGUCGCUACGAAAAAAUGGACCGAGGUGGCUGUCAAAUGAAUGGCGGUGGAGGUGGUGGCAACGGCCCGAGCGACGGCGGGGGUGGCGGCGGCAUGAUCACGCUCGAGGACCUGGAGUCUUUCUCCGAGGACCAGAUGUCCGACUCCGGCAACGGAAGCCUGGAGGACGAGGACGACGACCGACUGCUGCACUACUGGCAGGACGUAGCCAGGGGACACCAAGUGGAAGUUGCAAAGGAAAUGGCCGAACCCAUUCAACAGCUAACCACCAAUAAUAAUGGGCGCAGUAACAGAGAACACAUCCCUUUCACCCUCCUGUCACGGAAAGAGAAGUGCGGGGAGCUGCUAUACGAGAAGCGCCAUUAUGAAAAGGGCCACUGGGCCUGCAUAACAAUGAGCGAGGAGACGUACGAACAGAGCAUCUGCUACGGCUUCAUGAGGAUAAUGAGAUACAUCUGCCAGCAGAACUCCUCAGGCGACUACCUGGGCAUGUCGCUGCCCAUCGUGACCGUGGUGCGCACCGACCAGAACCACUCGGCCAUCGCCCAGGAAGUGACCGUCGCAUACUACCUGCCCACCCACCACCAGGCGCAGCCGCCUCAACCUCAUGACAGCGACAUCGUUAUCGAUAUCUGGCCCGCGGCUGUUGUGUACACAAGGCCCUUCUCCGGCCCCACAAACGAGUUAACCAUCGUGGAUCAGAUCAACAGCAUGGCCGAGUUGCUGGAGUCGCCCAGCGUGUGCGUGAACGACUCCUUCAUUGUGGCCGGCUACACCAACCCGGCGCACAGCCAGCGCCAGAACGAGAUCUGGUUCCUGGAACGCGCUUGACGGGGCAAGGCGGAACGAGGUUCUCGGCAGCAUUCCACCCGAAACCGUUUUGAGCCUCGCAAGACUCCUCACAGCUCUCAGGUGCAACAUCGUCCAUUCUUAGUCGCCGCCCCAUCGGGCCGGUGCACUUCACAUUCAUGCUAUAGUCAAACCCUUGGAGGUGCUGUAUCCAAGCCGCUAAAUGAUCCUCAGUCGUGGACGUACUGCCUAAUCGUGCUUCGUUUUUGUCCGUAGCACUGCUUCUUUGUCGCAUUUUAGCUCGCUAACUUGUGAAGUCAAAUGUGUAAGUGUUGACGCACUUGUUUCAUUGUGCAAAUCUCGGGACUACUGCAGGUUAAACGGUUUUACGAGAUGAUUGGAUUCAUUAACAGAGUACCUCACAACCCAUCGGUGAACCGUUUCUGUUCCAUUAAACUCGACAGCGCUUGCGUGGGGGGAAGCAGCAUACAGCUCGCUCAUAAUGCCAAUAAUAAACUACCUGAAUGAAAGUCGACACAAAGUGAGAAUGGAAGACAUUGUCUGCGUGCGUACAAACCAAACUCUACUGCUCAACGACAAUCAGAAGCACUUAAACACAUCGCAUUCCUCGUGUUUUCUCCACCCGGGAAUCUUCUUUUUUUUUUUUGCCCGCAAACAUGCUAUUUUGUGUUAGUGUGUACGUCUCACUACUGUACCGCAACAACCACCACCGAUGAGUAGAAAGGUUGCAACCAGAUGUGGCGCUGACAUCUUAGACCAUAAGGAAAGCGGAAUGUUGUUUGUAAUGUUCUAUGAAAAAAAUAUGAAUCGCUAUCACUUAAAAACAACAGUUACCACGAGGAGAAGGGUUGCUUAUGUUUUCCCCCUGCAAAGUGGUGCUGAAAUAUCUGUAGAGUACGUGUAUAUUUUCACUAUAUUUUCAGAUUAAACUAACCAAUCCACCAGCUGUGCUUAAAAGAUUUUACGUUUUAGAGAUUCUAUGAAAUAGAAUAAGGAAACUUUAAUUUCCUCAAAAAUUAUUAUCAUUAACAAACAUGUUUGCCCAAGUGUCUAUUAACAAAAAUCCAAAGAUGUUCUUUUUCACAUUGUGACUGUGAGUGGAGGUGAUUCAAAGUCAGGGUACACAAUGCGAGUGUUACUCCCCCUUUGUGAUCCUGGUCGUGUGUGAACAUCCAACCUCCAUGUUUGCUUAUUUUAGUCAAAAGGCUAAUUGUGUGCUGUACUGUGAACAUAAAAGUGCAACAGCAGAGUGCUACUGUGGUUUUAUUUUCAUCAAUAAACAUGGGCUUGUCUCCUGUCUUUGAAAAAUCAAAA